AUGUGCAACAUCACCUCCUACAAGCUUCCGUGCGAGCACGUCAAGUCCCAAACCAGCUAUUGCUCCAAAGCACCUUCUGCAUCAAAGAAGAGUUCAUCGAACCGCAAGACUUGCAGAGACGUCACCCAGCAAAACAUUCCUUACCCUCCUCCUCCUGGAUAUGACCAGCGGCCGCUGCCCAAGUGCCCCCUCGAGAGCUGCCCCUACGAGAUGCGCAAUCGCUGCUGGAACUGCUGCUGGUGUGGCAAAGGUUGGAACGACGGGGGUCGCUGCAGCUGCGUCAUGAUCAUUGACGGAAAUGAGUAUCGUUGCGAGCACAUCUGCUGCAACACUUGCACGGCUGCCCUGGACGGAUAA